CUGCUUGCUUUGCUCGGUCACUCUGCCGACCUCUGCAGUCGACGUCUCCCCAUCUCGUAACACGAAAACGACGCAGGAAGCUUCCUUAUCAAGCGCCAAAUUCUCCAUAAGUCCGAUGCUAAUCUCAUGCUCUGCCGAGUCCAUUUCAUCGCCUAGCUUUAGCUCCCUUCCCGAUCCCCCAACCGCCCGUUGAGCUUGGCUGCUUGGGCCACCGCGACGGACACAUGGCCCGCGCCGGCGCAGCCGUCGUCCUCGCCUUCGCCGUCUGCUGCCUCCUGGUGGCCCCCGCGCCGGCGCGCCGCACGGUCGACCUUCCGCCACGGGCGCUCCACGCCGUCGUCGACCGCGAGGCGGCCGCGGAGCCGCUGCUGCCCAAGCCGGCGGGGGGCGCGGACUGCGCCGGGGCGGCUGAGCAGGGCGCCGCGCUCGCCGUGCCCGAGGAGGACCCCGCACGCGGGGAGGAGCCCCGGCAGAGGUCCUCCUUGCUGUGCCUCGUCUUCCGGUGCGGCGGCGAGCCGGCGCCCGCGGGCAGCGCGUUAGUGGCCCGGGGCACCUCCGAGAAGCCGCAGGCGCUGGACGAGUGGACCCAGCCGGCGGUGGCGGAGAAGGCGGAGGACGAGGAGGCGGACGACGUGGAGGAGCGGCUGUACGAGACGGACUCGGACUCGGACUCUGAUUGCGACUCGGACUCCGACGACGAGGGCGAAGACGGCAUCUUGGGGUGGCUCUGGAGGCUGGCGGAUCGCUUCUGAUCCCAUCCUCGCCGGCCAUGGCUGGCCGCCGAUGGUUUGAUCCUUGUCUGGCGCCUGCUCUGUAUAUUGGAACCCUACUAGGAGCAGAUCAUAGCAGCAACACACUUCUUUGCACAAAUCAUUACUGUAUAGAUGAAAUAAAUGAUACACCUGUGUUGUUGUAAUCGUAUGGAAGGGAUCAAUGAAACUGCUGUUGUCACAUGUUUUUAAAGUCAUCAGAGAGCGGUGUAUGAAAGAGCCUUGUAGCAACUGUUAGCACUAAAAGA